AUGUCCGCACCCAACCAAGGUCGCCAGUCACCCGACCCAGAGCGCCAGAGCGGAGCCCAGGCGGGCGCCACAGCGACCAAUGUCAACAACCAAGGCCAAGCCAAGAGCGAGACCGCUCCGGCCGAGGAGAGCAAGAACACUUUGAGCAACUUGGAGUCCAACCCCAAGGGACCCAUGGAUAAGGCUGCGGAGGAGAAGACGUCUAAGACUGUGCAGUAG